AUGUCUAUAGCAGUUCGCAAAUUCGUGUAUCAGAAGGACAUGUCAGAAUAUUGCAGACGGCGAGUGGUGCCUUCCGUGUUUCUUGGAGGACAUAUUGUAGAGGCGCACUCGCAGGUCUUGCACUUCUCCAGAAUGGAACUGCCUUACAGCUGCUUUAUAAUUGUUAAAAGUCCGCUCCUUUUUUAUCUUAAAUUAGCAUUAUACAUUAUUAUUAUUACUACCUACUAUGUGAACUGUAGAGCAGAAUACGGGAGCAAUGUAGUGCUGGUGGUGCAACUGCUAUCAGACGAGAGCCUCGUCAACGCCUGUGCCGAGAGCCCCAGCCAACUGCUCGUUUAUGAAAUGGGUGAGACCUUCGGCGGGUAUUGGGGGCCGCUGCCGGACUCUCUCUUACAUAACGAACCACCCCCUACAGAAGUGUACACGAUGAGGACUACUGUGCCUACAGCGGUUCCAACACGAAAAUUGCAAAACCAGCACUUAACAGUAGCAAAAAAUAAGUUGAAUCACCAUCAAGAAGGUUUGCAGCCAGUGACAGAAGAUGAAUCAGAUUUUGUAAGAGUUGAAGUGCCCAUAGUUAACGUGUCUGGACGUUUGAUAUCCGAUGGAAGUCAGAUGCAGAACGAUUUCGAUAUCGAAGAUAUUUUCGAUUUAUUGUACGAUGUUACACCUAGGCCUAAGAAAAAAUAUCAGACCAGCAUUCUUCCUCUGGUCCAGUUCUCAUUGAAUAAGCAAAAGGGAGGACGUCGUGGUGAAGCCAUUCGAUACAACCUUGAGUACGACGAUGGGACUGUCGGAUCAUUUAACUUUACGACUGACGCUAGAUUACCUUAUUACGCUAAAAGACCUACAACACGGAGAAAAGACUACAGGACCAACUUUUACGUUAAUAGAAUAUUGAACUUUAAGAAAACUAAAGCUAGAAUCACUCAUCGGACCAAGGAACUUACGAAAGAGUAUUUUCUAAGUAUGAAUCUGUCCUUUUCCAACUAUAGUACCAAAAACAUUAAACAAUUCCUUAAAUCUACGAGGACGUCAACAUCAUCAUUAGCUUCUACGAGUGAUGCUUACAGUGGUAUGACAAAUAGCUCAGAAAAUGAAAUGGGAAACAGUACGAACGUGUAUAACCUAACGUUUAGCAGUACUAAUAAAAACAAUAUUACAACAAGAAAUGAACAAAAUACAGACCAGACACCGUCGUCGAUUGUUUCUGAAACUAUUACAGUCAAUAAAACUACUGAAAGUGUUGCAUUGGGAAUAAUUUCAACACAUGGAACUAAACCAGCAACAGGAACAAUGGUGGAUCACGAAUCGUGGGAAAACGUGGUGCAGGCUGCCCCCGUGAUGGCCGUGCUACUAAAUCAAACUGUUACGGAUACUCUGGCCAACUACACGGGAAACACUGCUUAUGACACAACUGAUGCUGCCUCCAAACUUAACUGUGUAAUUGAAAUAGCCGCUGAAUUACAGUUUUCUGUAAUUAUUUUCAGUGGCACGCGAAUAAAGCGCAAAAUUCAGCCGAUUUCAAUAGAGAACGCGCGGCCACACAAUCUCACCACAAAAGAGGUCAAUACUACCACUCCCAUCGUCUCCUACGACAUCUCAGACCGGCAGCAGGCCCUACAGUUGGUCGAAUUGCAAGACGACGAGCUCUACGAGCGCCGAGCAAUGAGAUAUUUGCGCAAGUACGUGGGCCCGGUGAUGUUCAACAUCUGUGACUACGGAGAGCCGAAGGCGAGGCAUGUCUACCUCUUCAACGCCUCCAAAAUUGUGUUGGCUAUCACUAAUUUCACGUUGGAGCGUAUGACGGUGAUGCUGACGCCCGCCAAUACUUUGCUGAGCGGGAACUCGCGCUGCUCCUCAGGCAGCUUGGAGUGCCAGGUGUAUGGAACUAGGAUUUGUAUCGACUCUAUGAACGCCUGCGAUGGAGUGCCUAAUUGUGGGGCUUAUGACAUCUACGAUGAAGACAGGCUUAUGUGCGGGGCAGCGGUAGGGCUCCAACACAACGUGUACUUGGCCGCCGUCACCUUCUUAGCCGUGUUGCUGACUAUGAUGUACACAGUGCACUACUGGCUUCGGCGAUGCGUGCCCAAAGUUUCAGAAGCGUUCUUCAUCUACACUGAUGGAGCGGAAAACAUAUUAUACUUGGAUUCAAUAAUGAGAUCUCCACAUGACAUUUACAUGGGACCUAAGAUGGCUUAUCAAGAACCACUCUUUGGUGAUAUUGAUUAUUUAAGCCCAGACACAGUCGAAAAACCUCGGAAAAAUGUACUGUACAGAAUAAUAUAUGCCUGCUUCAACUGUUGCAAGCGUAAGCGUAGAGAAAAUAAGCUAUCCGAAAUCAUAGAUGAGCCUUUUUAUCGGCCCAAAGAGAAGUAUUCAUUCAUGGAACUUGAAUUAAGUAAAAUGAACCAAGAAACAACAACUGUGGCUGUACAAACUGGAGAUAGCUUAGAAAUACCACCAGCAGAAACAAAGAAGAUAACACCUCAAUUUAAAUCUCUCCCUGAUCAACCAAAAGAAUGUCGCCGCAUGGCAAAAGUGGCUGUAUCAUCAGACGAGGAUCUUCAUAAACACAUUAGUGAGUUGAACAUGUUAAGGUUGUUCAAAGAGUUCAAGUCUGAUAAAGGAGCAUCAGCUUCGAUUGCUGCCAUGACACGUGACUCUUGUGAAACAGCAAGUAUUUUAGUCCAAAAAACUAGUUUCGAAGAAGAAGAGCUGCAGUCACAUUAUUACGAUACCCGUGCUAGCGACAAGCCAGGGCCUUCGCGUGGAGUGAUCCCAACUACUACUGACAAACAUUCUAAAAGAGCAAAGGUAAAAAAAUCAGCAAAAAAGCAUCUCCGAUUUGAACCAGAAACUACGACGAUCCCUUCAUUCAUUGAUGAGGAAGAUGAUGAGGAUUAUGAGGGAUCAAAUAUCAUUUCACUAGAUAAAAAAAAGAAAACCCAAGAUGUAGAUAAGCUUGAUACUCCACACAGUACUGGAGGAGGGAGAGACUUUAAACGCUUCUGGAAAGGCAAGAAGUCAAAAAAGAAAACACAUCUUUCUUUGCAUACGAAAUAAUUAGAAUUUAGUAAUG